GCGUAGGCUAGCUAGGGCUGCCGCGCCGGCCACACCAGAAACGCUCCCCAACGAAGGUACAAUGAUCGAGCAAAUAUGGUAGAGACUUCGCACGACAGGCACGGAAUAUACCAAAGACGUCACUUUUUUAUCGUGCUUUGCGUCGUUUUUACAGGCGCGGUUUGCACACAGCACUUUUUUCUCCGUGCGUUAGCCAACUUGCGUCCGACUCGCCAUUCCCACAAACUCUUGCCCGCCGAGCUUCAAAAUGUCAGCGGCCCAGAUGACACAGAAGAGUUCUCGCGCGAUGUGACUUGCAUAGAACCUGGUCUUCCUCGAGGUGCUUUCCAUGUCGUCAUCGCUGGUUGGGAUUUCGUGGAACAUUUUGCCGACCACUACCUUUGGGAUCUAGGUUUGACCAACGCACUUUUCGUCCUGUACCGACGCACAAGGCCAGAAUUGCCACCCAGGAUUUGGAAGGGGCCAUGCGGUAUGAGAGGUCAAGAGAUCGUGAUGCUGCCAAAUCGGGGCUUGGAAGCUUCCGCUUUUUACGACUACUUGAUAAAACAUUUUGAUAAUCCUCCUCUGGGUUUAGCUUUCUUACACGGUCACGCCGCUAUCAGUUGGCACACCUCUUGCGAGUCGGUGCUUUCGAGAGUUUUUUUAUACUACAACAAGGUCCAUGAUGCAGAUGAGAUGGACAUCCCAAACAUGUUAACGUUAACGAGCAAAUCAGAUGGUAGGAAUAUGAAACCAUUCGAAUGGUUCGGAGGGAGAAAGCUUCUAGACGGCAAGCUGGCAUCUUCAAAUGCAAAGCGCAUCGAAACAUUAAAUUUGUGCAAAGCCAUCCUUAGUGAUAUUUCCACAAGGGGGAAUAACAUUACGCAAUUUGUAGGUUCCGCUGUGCACCGACCAGAAACGCACUCCUGCUGUGCAAGUUUUGUGCUGAAAGGUGCUCAAUUUGGCCAGAUAGAACUGCGGGUCCUGCAAAACCUGAAAGCCCUAAUGAUGGGCACAGAUGUAGAACAGAAGGUAGCCGCCACCCACUGUUUUGAGUUCAUCGUUUAUGCGAUGUAUGGGGACGAUUCAACCUCAGUGGCUCGAACUUGGUAUUUGCAAGCAGAAGCUAUCUUGCCGAAGAUCAAGCAAACCACAGCUUUUGUCAAGUGCUCGAGAGAACGUGCUGGACACAUAAGUUAAAUACCACUGCAGCACACCGGACAGAAGCGAACAUUUUUGCUGUGGUAGAUUCACGAGCCGGAAAACCGCAUGGAGGGCCAUCAACAUUUGUCUUCUUCGCAAUCUUAGGACCUAUGCCCGAAACUUUGUUGGGGCCCUGCACGAGCUCGCGCGCGCUCGUGAUGCCGUACGGCAGGUAGAAAACCGCGUCGGCCGCGCGGCGCAGGGCUAUGCGCCAACCCGGCCAUUGUUCGGCGAGGUCGAUGAGCAUCUCGUAGAUAUCAUUGUUCUGCGUGGUGCAGAAUUCGUCGUCGUCCUUGGAUGACUCCUCCUCGGACUCCUCAUAAUCCGAAUCCUCGGCGGAAUCGUAAUCGUCGUCGUCGCCGAUCAGGGGUUUGGUGGUCGUCUCGUAGACAGACUUCUAUCGCUUCUUGUCGCGGAACCCGUUCAAUUCCUCGAGGGCGUCGACGCGUUCAUCGUUCGCCUGCAUGAGGAGCUUCGUGAGUUGCUCGAUUUUUUCCCGAGACUCUCGAUUCUCGGUCCCGAGUUUGGUGACGUAUUCGGCGAUGGAUUC